AUGUCGUGUGAGAUCGGAGCUUCUCCAGACAAUCAUCGCCCAACGGCCAGGACCGUCGAUCGGUGCCGAGAUCCUGCUUCCGCCUUCUCGGAGGUGGUCCGAGAAGGACUCGCGAACGUGAUCAUAAAUCAACCAGAGCAUUCAUCUGAUCUUCGGGUGAUUCACCGCAUGCAAGCAAUCAAUGCCGAUGGUCUUGAAAUUCAUGUUCCGUUGCGUACCGCACCUCCCAUCGACUUCAAUGUCGGUAAAGGAAGUACUUCGGUCCCAGACGCUGCGUACGCUCUCUCUCUCACAACCUACGGGCAAGUCUACUAUAGUGUUGAAAUUACACCUCCAAGUCAUUCCGUGAGAAGCUCCGCAGCAUUUCAGACGAUUCGUUCUCUCGGUAAACAUGUCCAGGUGCAGAUGAUGCCCGUGGAGGUGCAUCCUGCGGUUAGGGUUGGUGCAGGAAGGCGUCGGUCUCGGCUGUGCUUCCGGCGGCCGGCGCACUGCAUCUGCAACUGGAUUGCGUUGCAUCACGACCACGCGACAUCAUCAUCGCAACAAUGUCUCAUGAUACCAGAACGUCGACCUCAGACAUUUAUCUGCAGUCGAUUUGAUCACAAUGCCACUGGUCGCAUGGGCAUGAGCGUCUGUCCGCAUGCGCUUCAUGUGAGUCUGACGGUCCUCGAAGAAUGCCGAGAUCCAGCACAUGCAGUACAUGCGACACAUGCACGCACAUGUACGAAUGAGGCUUUGAGUGACUUAUAGGAGGUGUUCAAGGGGAUAGUAUUAUGGCAUGACGUCGCAUCGCGCAGUGUAGCAUGGCAUUGCAGUGCAGCGCAGUCGGGUCAAGCAGCCAGAUGAAGCCGAUCAUGAGGUGUGGCUGCAUCCGCGAGAGAGG